AAACAUUAAUUAACUUUUUGGAGAAGAGAAGCAAUAUUUUUCAAGCAGACUUUAUCAGGAUAUACAAACAGUGACGUUUGGAAAAACAACUUUGUGAGUUGUUUUUAUAAACAAUAACAGUGGACAUAAACGUUGUUUAUAUACCAUAACUUAUUAAUCGGACACAAACAGGACUUUCGGAAAAUAUUUUCCGUGACAUAUUAAGUUUGAACAGUUCAUUAUGAUAAUGGAUAACACCCAGAACUUGACGGGCCGCGAUAGUAUGACGGAUACUGCCUCGUGCAUGAUGGCAACCUCGCACUUGCUGCAAUCAUCCAUGCAUGGGAUGAACCCUGACAUGCACCCAGAUCAUACAGUCGACCCUCAAGAUCAUCUCCAAGACGAUAAUAACGAUGUCAAGGAUGAACUUGAUAUAGACAGUUCCGGCGACUCCGAUGACGACAGAAACUUUUCCGGAACUUCUACAUUGUCGCAACAGAAUCGAAGAUUCGCUGAUGUGAAACCACCUUAUUCGUACAUCGCCCUCAUCACCAUGGCGAUAGAGAGUUCCAAUUCCGGUAUGAUGACCCUCAACGAAAUCUACGCCUUCAUCAUGAACAGAUUUCCAUACUUCAAGGAGAACCAGCAGAGAUGGCAGAAUUCUAUCCGUCACAAUCUUUCGCUGAAUGACUGUUUUGUGAAAAUUCCACGUGCUCCUGGGAGACCAGGAAAAGGAAAUUACUGGGCGCUCCAUCCGGCGUGCGGUGAUAUGUUCGGUAACGGAAGCUUUUUGCGCCGCGCCAAGCGUUUUAAGCUCCAGCGCCAGAAGAUGAGGGAAGCAGAACAGGCACAUGUACAGCAUGUGAAUUCAUUUGGACAUUUCAGUCUGUACCCUCCACCAUCCGGAUACAAGCCUUACCCAUCUCUCAACUCGCUCACCCUCGGAUCAUUCCCCCAGGGUCUUCCUCAGUCCCAACAAUACGGCAGCUUAGUUUCCAAACCGGAACCAUGGAACCCACCAGGUACCUCUAGUUACAAUCCAUACUACAGUAGCAACAGUAUGAACAUGAACAUGAACAAUUCUAUAGGAGCUUCCCUCGGUGGUUCACUCGGAAGUUCUCUAGGAGGAUCCUACCUAUCAGGGAACCAGGUCCCUCCUGUGCCUACCAUGAACAGCUCACUGACAAACUAUCCCUCCCUGCAGCAGUCCUACGGAUGCGGUCCCCAAUAUAACAGUCAGAUCCGGCUCCAAGCGUCUCAGUAACAUUGACAAUCGUUUAAUGAGUGAUUAAGACUAUUGUGUUAAAUUUGUGUACAUCUGUUUGUCUAAUGCGUGUGUAAAUAGUGAUGAGGUAAGAAACAUGGUGUCGAUAAUUAAUUGUUCAUAUUAAUUAAUACCUUAUUAUCAUAUGUUUGCAAACUAAUAUUUAAGAUAAUGAAAAUAGGUAGAUAUAAGUAUCAAAGUGUUGUAACGAUGUAUGUAUGUUGGUGAAUUCUAGUGCUAAAAUAUCCGAUAAUCAUGACAAUCACGAUAGGUGUCGCCACGGUGAUGCUGUGCACGUGUCUACGCAAUUAUUUCUUGUCACGUGAUGUUUUUAAUGUUUUUAACUUAUCAUUUUUACUUUCCUACAUUGUACAUAUUGAUGCAAGAUCGAAUGGGCGUUCCAGAAUUGAGAGUGUGUAUGUGUUUAUGAGUGUCUGUAUGACUUUGAUUUGUGUAUAAAAUGUUUUGAAUCUCGACUGUGAUAGUGCAAUAAAUGAAUUGAGAAUCCAA